AAACUCUCAAGAACUCUCAUUUUCCAAUCAUCCUCCUGCUAUAAAUAAAUUUCUAUAAACCCUAAAACCCUAGUCUCCUAAUCUUCACACCCCUCAAUUCAUCUUCCCAAAUCUUGAAACCCCAUCUGCUUCAAUCUCUGUAAAAAUGUGUUCUUUAGCAUCAUUUUCUGCCAUUCAAGAAGCAACUCAUGGAGCUCUGUUUAGCUCAAAUUCCAAAUCUUUAUCAUCUUCUAGCAUGAUGUCUUCUCAGGCUCAUUUCACCACUAGAAUGCAUCUUUUUCCAAGAAAAAGAGCUGGAGUUUCGGUUUCGGCUUCGGUUGAAAUUGACAGUGGGAAUAGCAUGCCAGUUAGUGGCUUGGUGUUCCAACCAUUUGAAGAGGUGAAGAAUGAGGCCUUUGUUGCUCCAGUUGCUCCUCAGCUUUCGAUUGCUCGACAACGCUUUGCGGAUGAAUGUGAAUCAGCAAUCAAUGAGCAAAUCAAUGUGGAAUACAAUAACUCUUAUGUGUACCAUGCAAUGUUUGCAUACUUCGACAGGGACAACAUUGCUCUCAAAGGACUUGCCAAAUUUUUCAAGGACUCAAGUGAAGAAGAAAGAACACAUGCUGAGAUGCUAAUGGAAUACCAGAACAUGCGUGGUGGAAGAGUUAAAUUGCACUCAAUAAUGAAUCCCCCUAGCGAGUUUGACAAUGCAGAGAAGGGCGAUGCAUUGUAUGCCAUGGAACUAGCAUUAUCUUUGGAGAAGCUGACAAAUGAGAAACUUCUGAGCUUGCACAAUGUGGCUGACCGUUGCAAUGAUCCUCAAUUGGCAGACUUUAUUGAGAGCAAAUUUCUUAAUGAGCAGGUUGAAGCUAUAAAGAAAAUAGCUGAUUAUGUCAGUCAGUUGAGGAGGCUCGGAAAAGGACACGGUGUGUGGCACUUUGACCAGAGUCUCUUACAGGAGGCAGCAGUAUAAAUAACUCCCCAGCUGUUUAAUUUAGGUAGGAUCUGCUAGUUUACAUGAGCUUUUGGAUGUGUUAUUGAAGUUUAGACAUUUCAUGUAAUGAAAUGAUGGAUUUGCGGCAGGUUUAGCCUUGUAGGUUUAUAAUGUUUGAAGUAUGAAAAACUAAAUCAGACUAUACUUGAGCUACUUGGUCAAUUAUGUAUACUAUAUCUGCACUUGGAUUUUAUUGCUAAA